AUGGCCACCGUCGUUGUGUCAGAGCUACCCUCGGGGCUUGCGGCGACGGGCUGCGUUCUCGGGCUCCUUCUCGCUGGAGUCUUCUUCGUCAUUGCAGCUCCCAAGUCGGAAGACCCUCAAGUGGUCAAUAAAUACCGGUGGGACUUUUUCGAGGCUAAAGCCAGACGGGAGUUCGAUAUAAGGGCCGAGGAAUUGAUCAAUAUCGGAGUCGCCAAAGCAACUUCGACCUUUCAUAUGGUCACUGGCUUCGGACUUCGAUUGAUUCUGUUAGAUAAAUUGGCCGAUGCAGCGGGCAUAGAUGACCGGCUGGACCAAGACAAGGGAAUCGCAUCGGUCAACCUCGUUCACUUGAAAGGACUCGAGACCAAGUUCGCCGGUGAACUGCACGACUCGGUGCCACGUCCGGCGGCGAGUGCCACAUCCAAACGACUGGUGCAUUUGACGCGACCUUUCUCGGAUGAGACAGAGAAUUACCUGGAAAAGGUAUGGACCGACUCGACAGACUGGCAUGAGCUGUUGCUAUAUCCCACGGUAGGCCAGAUGACGGCCCAAAUAACAGGACGAGCGUUUGUCGGACUCAAUCUUUGUCGCGAUCCCCGUUGGCUCGAGAUAAUCGCGACUUAUUCCGUCGUACGGUAUUCAGCCGUCGUGGCCGUCCAGCAAUUUGCCACUUGCCUUCACCCCCUCGUCCACCGAAUCCUUCCGGCUUGUCGCAAGCUUCGGGAUCAAGUUCGGCAGGCCCGAGAGCUCAUUCAGCCGGAACUCGACCGUAUCAAGAACAAGAAGGUGGUAGAUGAGGAGUUCACCAGCCUGGCAUGGAUUCAUGAGUUCGCCCAGGGUUCCAUCUACGAUGCCGGUCUCGCGCAGCUGCGGCUUGCAGCCGUGGCCAACCACACCACCACCGAUAUGAUGUGCAAGAUCAUGAUCCGCCUCUGCCAGCAUCCGGAGCUGAUCCAGCCGCUUCGAGAGGAGGCCAUUUGGGCCGUACGAGAUGGUGGCCUGCGCGUUGCCGCUCUGCAGAAGAUGUUUUUGAUGGAAAGCUUCAUGCAAGAAAGUCAGCGUCUGGAACCAUUUAUGCUCUUAUCCAUGUUUCGCUACGCCACGGAGACGGUCGAGCUUCCGGACGGCACUACGAUCCCCCAAGGAACCCUCACGGCCGUCGCAAACCCCAGCCGACUAGAUCCAACAAUCUUCCCCGACCCCGAGAGGUUUGACGCCUAUCGGUUUGUCAAAAUGCGCCAGGACCCCGAGCGUGCCCAUCUGGCUCCGUUCACGAAGACCAGCUACACCCAAUUGAAUUUUGGCCAUGGAAAACAGGCGUGUCCGGGUCGAUUUAUUGCUGUGAAUGAGAUUAAGAUUGUAUUGUGCCACAUUCUACUAAAAUAUGAUAUAGAAAUUGUCGAAGAAGGCCCCUCGGAGCUGGUACGCGUCGGCCUUUUGACGGUAACAUUCCAGUAUGUGGCGCUCAAGCCUCCGCACCCACCUACCCCAACUAUAGAUUCCCGUACCAUGCGGAAUACAGGACCUUCAAUCCGCAAGGUAUGCGGAAGAACAGUCUUGAAUGUGGACAUUUUUGCGGUCGGCAUGAGUGCAUACAUGCAAGAUUUGGCCGGCUACGGCAGUCUCCUAUCGUCUUUCUCAUCCGACAUGUACCGCGAUCGGCGCAAAGCUAGAGCCCAACAAUCUCAUUCCUCCGGUAUCACCGUCCUCGUCGUAGGUCUGGGACCGGCGGGGCUGGCUACGGCGAUUGAAUGUCAUCGCAGAGGCCAUAAGGUGAUCUGUCUGGAGAGAAAGCCUGAGAGCUAUCAUCUAGGAGACUUGAUCAGUUUGACGGGAAAUGCCGUGCGAGUACUCGAGAACUGGGGCGAUGGCGCCGUGAUUCGAGCCAUGCGACACUUCCAAUGCAAUUUGAACACGCUGCAAGUCUACGACGAGACGGGCUCCCUAAAGCUCCGGAAGCCUCACAAUGCCACAGACGCACAGGAGGACGGAUACAUGCUGAGGCGGUCCCGACUCCUAGAGAUUUUCCUGGAUCAAUUGAAGAGCCUGGGAAUCGAGGUCCGGACCGGCGUCCAAGUAACCGAUUACUGGGAGACUGAUCGCAAUGCUGGGGUCAGUCUUGGAGACGAGGUGAUCACGGCGGACUGUGUGAUUGCGGCCGACGGCGUUCAUAGCAAAGGCAGAGCGCAGAUAUCUGGCGAAGAGUUUACCCUCGAGGCUACGGACGGCGCUGCAUAUCGGGCCUUUUUCCCUGCAAACACAAUCGCGCAGGAUCCGGAAGCCUCCUGGAUUAUUAAAGAUGCCGGCGACAAGGACUGCUUCCACACCUUCUACGGAAGAGACAUCGUCAUCAUGGUGGGAACCGCGGAGAACCAUGAAUAUAUUUUUUGGAGCUGCGGACACAAGGAAAACGCCGAGUUCGAAAAAUCUGCCUCAGUGGAACCGGUCCUCGAGUUCAUCAAAGAUUGGCCUGUCGCAGAAAAGCUUUCUCCUCUGAUCUCCAAAACCCCAGACGCAAACUGGAUGAAUCAAGCUUUGUUCACUCGACCGCCGUUGAAGAAAUGGGUAUCCGACAAGGGGAGAAUGAUCGUGGUGGGCGAUGCAGCCCAUCCGUUUCUCCCGCACGCCGGCCAGGGCGCAAACCAGGGCAUCGAGGACGCAGCGGUCGUAGCUUCGUGCUUGGGGAUUGCCGGCAAGAACGACGUACCGCUGGCCCUGCGAGUGACCGAGAAACUACGGUACCACCGGACUGCUGCCAUCCAAAAACGCGGCGUCCAGGCAAGAGAUCGGUCCUUAAAUGUUGACUGGAAUAAGGGAGGCUUUACCAAGACGCUUGAACUACGCCCAGCCUGGUUGCAUGACCACGAUUGUGUGAAACAAGUCUACGAGGAAUUCUCCAGUGCCGCCGAUGCUGUCCGGAAGGACACUGACUAUAAACCAGCAUCGGGUAUCCCAAGCGACUAG